CGCGACCUCACUCAUAACAAGUCGCAGUGGAGACUAAAACAGACAUCAUGUUCGUUAAAAUAUUAAUACUAUUCGCAAUAGUGAGUGCUGUGUGCGCUAAAAGCGUUUUCGUGGGACAGGUCGGCGAAUAUAAUGCUAGGAAAAUAUACGAGAAGACGGUCGAAGCUGGUGGUAUACCGCUCAUUAAACGGGAGCAGGAGAUCUACUUCGAAUAUCCUGUGGGAGACCAGAAGAUCAAGGGGAUAGCGAUAAGGGAUCUGGACAACGGACUGGCUGAACCCUCGAUAAACCGAGGAGGCAUUGGGUUUCCAUUCGUGAACAUAAAACUCAAGAGCGAGCGCGGCUCGGGUUACAGAUACCUCAUAGAAAUAUACGCCUGAUCGUAAGUUAGAAUUAAACUAUAGACAUUACAAA